AUGUCCUUCAUUUUCUACUACUAUACCCCGUCUAAUGCGGCGGCAGUCAUCUUCAUUGUUUUGUUCGGACUUAGUAGCCUUUUGCAUUUCUAUCAGCUCGUGCAAACAAGGACUUGGUUCAUGAUCCCCUUCUUGAUCGGUGCAAUCUUCGAGACUAUUGGUUAUGUAGGCCGUUUCCUGGCUUCAUCCGAGGCACCGGACUUCACCAAGGGGCCAUAUAUCUUGCAAAGCGCAUUGAUCUUGAUUGCGCCUGCUUUCCUCGCUGCGAGUAUCUAUAUGGCUCUCGGACGAAUCAUCUGUAUGCUUGAAGCAGAGAAACUCUUCAUCAUCCGCGUAGGAUGGCUCACUAAGACGUUUGUCACUGGCGAUGUGCUUUCUUUCCUGAUGCAGGCCUCAGGCGCGGGUCUUAUGGUCUCAAACUCAGCCGGUCCAUCUACCGGCGAACAUGUCAUCAUCGGCGGUCUCUUCGUGCAGAUCAUUUUCUUCAGUCUUUUCACCAUCAGUGCUGUUGUCUUCCAGACUCGCGUCGCCAAGACCCCAUCCCCCCGUUCGAUCGAGUUGAAAGGUCUCUGGACCCGCCAUAUGAUUGCCCUCUACACAGCCAGCAUUUUGAUCCUGAUUCGCUCUGUCAUUCGUGUGGUGGAAUACUUGCAAGGCUAUAGUGGAUAUCUGAUGAAGCAUGAGGCCUUCAUCUACGUCUUCGAUGCCCUCCUUAUGUUCAUUACCGUGCUUAUUCUUCAAUAUGCGCACCCCAGCGAGGUCAACUGCUUGAUAGGUCGUGGCCACAAGUACUCAGAGAAUGUCCUAUGGACCCGCAAGUUUGUUCCAGCCCCUGCGCUCGAGUUGGGUUGGUCAGGAGAAGUUUGA